CGUCCAGGUCGCUCCAGGAACAGGAAAACCUGAUAAAAUCCUUGUUGAUCCCUCGUCAUUUUUCUCGUGUUAAAAGUCCGGUCUCUGGCCGUUUGGAUGUCGUUUGCAAGGUUGAUGAUUUCGUUUCGCUGCGUUUUGACUCAACCGACGCGACGAGACUCAGAGCUUCGCAAAACUUGAUCGUCAGAUAGGCGAUUCAACACCCAACGACAGUCUGAGUAACGCUUACAGCUUCUAACUACCCGUUGGCUGUCCUGACACAUUCGGGCACCAUGGGUUCUCGUCAGGUUUAUCUGCUCCCAUUGAAGGACAAUGGCUCUCCAGAUGUGCCUGGAGGAUAUGUCUAUCUUCCCCCGCCAACUGAUCCUGUGUAUGUCCUUCGCUUCAUCAUUGAGGGAAGUAGCUCUAUCUGCAGAGGGGGGAGCCUAUGGGUGAAUAUUCCUGAAGAUGGCAUGCCUUUCAAUCGCGCCGUGUUUCGAAGCUUUGGGCUACAACCAGACUUCAAUAAGAACAUUCAGAUUGAUAUACCAAUUAACUCCCCCGGAUCAUUUGCAUUCUAUACCACGUUUUCUCCGCUCCCCGAUUUUGCCGUCUCCCCUGUUUCCUCGCCUGAACCAACUCAGACACCGACUCACUACAUUGAUGUUGCACCCAGGUUGACUCUUCAGGGAAAGGAUCUGCCAAUAAAUGCUCUUUCUAUAUUCUCCAUGCUCUCCAAAUUCAUGGGUAGUUACCCAAACGACUGGAACAAGCAUCUUAAUGGUAUCAGCCAACGCAAUUACAACAUGGUUCACUUCACACCCCUCAUGAAGCGCGGUUCUUCAAACUCCCCCUAUAGCAUUUUCGACCAGCUGAGCUUUGAUCCUGAUUCAUUCCCACGCGGAGAGGCAGACGUUGCUGAAAUGGUUUCGAAAAUGGAAAAGGAAUACGAACUUCUUUCUCUGACCGACGUCGUUUGGAACCACACUGCUAAUAACAGCAAAUGGCUAGAAGAGCACCCGGAAUCUGGUUAUAGUGUUGAGACUGCACCUUGGCUUGAAGCCGCGUUAGAGCUCGACACUGCUUUACUGAAAUUUGGACAAGACCUCCACAGUCUCGGGCUACCAACGGAAUUCAAAUCAGCCGACGAUUUACUUACUGUCACCAAUGAAAUUCAAACACGGGUGAUGGACGGUCUCAAACUUUGGGAAUUCUACGCUAUUGAUGUCAAGGGAGAUAUUACGCAGAUCAUCAAUCAGUGGAAAGCAAGUGGAACUAUUGAUCUCAACAGUGAACCCUGGUCUCAAUUUUACCUCGAGAGCUAUGACAGCUGGACUCCAGAAGAACAAGCAAUUUUUAUCCAUGAGAAGGCAGUUCCAACCAAGCAGGUCUUAGGGAGAUUCGACCGCGCGGUAGAUCCCUCAAUAGGCGCGGCAAUUUUGACUGCUCUAUUUGGCCCUUAUGAGGAUUCCAAUGUGGCCUCAGCCGAGAAAACCUUAUCAAAGAUAUUUGACGAUGUGAACGUGACAUUUUACCAGGAAUACGAUGCAGAUGUUUCUGUCAUCAUGGACCAGCUUUUCAACCGUAUCAAAUACCUCCGACUUGAUGGCCAUGGCCCGAAGCUCGGUCCCGUCACGGACGAGAAUCCUCUGAUUGAGUCCUACUUCACGAGACUUCCUCUUAACGACAUUACCAAAAAGCAUAAUCCAAAAGCGCUGGCUCUUGCAAACAAUGGCUGGAUAUGGAACGCUGAUGCAAUGCGGGACAACGCGGGGCCUGAUUCCAAGGCUUAUUUGCGUCGAGAGGUCAUUGUCUGGGGUGAUUGUGUUAAGCUCAGAUACGGUUCCGGUCUCGAGGACAGCCCUUUCCUCUGGAAUUUCAUGACGAAAUACACCCGCCUCAUGGCAAAGUACUUUUCCGGAUUUCGAAUUGACAACUGCCACUCCACGCCACUUCCGGUUGCAGAAUACCUGCUAGACGAAGCACGAAAAGUUCGUCCAAAUCUCACCAUCUUCGCGGAGCUUUUUACAGGUUCUGAGGAAGCAGACUAUGUAUUUGUCAAACGCCUUGGUAUCAAUGCACUGAUUCGUGAGGCUAUGCAAGCAUGGAGCACUGGAGAGCUAAGUCGGCUAGUCCAUCGCCAUGGAGGACGGCCUAUCGGCAGCUUCGAUAUGGACUUGCCAUCGGCUGGUAGUAGUCAUGCUAUUGCCUCCGCAAAUGCUGGGGAAGGAAAGCAAAUCAUUUCCCACAUCCGCCCAACCCCAGUACAAGCACUUUUCAUGGACUGUACCCAUGAUAAUGAAAUGCCAGCACAAAAGCGAGAUGCUAAGGACACUUUACCAAAUGCUGCUCUUGUCUCUAUGUGUGCUUCAGCGAUUGGGAGUGUAAUGGGUUACGAUGAGAUAUAUCCAAAAAUCGUAGAUCUCGUCCAUGAGACGAGGCCCUACCUUUCGAAGUUUUCCGAAACCGAGGAUCUACAAGUGGGACCUGGUGAAGGUGGUAUCGGCAGCAUCAAAAAGCUUUUGAACGAGCUUCACACCAUGAUGGGAGUUGAUGGGUACGAUGAGACCCAUGUUCAUCAUGACGGUGAGUUCAUCACUGUGCAUAGAGUGCACCCCAAAACAAGAAAGGGGAUCUUCUUGAUAGCGCAUACAGCAUACCCAGGCUGUCAAGACAGCAAUGCUUCUUUGCCACCCACACACAUCACUGGUACUCGUGCCAAGCAGAUUGGAACAUGGGUUUUAUCUGUUGAUGCCGACGAUGACACUAGAGCCGAAACUUUGGCAGACAAGCAGUACCUCAAGGGACUCCCCAGCCGUGUCAGUGAACUUGAAGGUAUUACAGUCGAGGAACAUGGCAACAACACGAUAAUCUCCGUGUUGGAUACGUUUGUUCCAGGGGCCAUUGCACUUUUAGAGACGUGGAUCCCGGGGGCUGAACGUUCAGAAGGGCUUGACAACUAUAUCAAACAGGGUGCAGAUGAAGCUUUUUCUGGUCUCAGUUUGAUAGACUUGAACUUCGCUCUAUACCGCUGUGACGCAGAAGAAAAGGACUCGAGCGAUGGACAGGAUGGAGUAUACAAUAUUCCCAACUAUGGCCCCUUGGUCUACGCUGGUCUGCAAGGAUGGUGGAGCGUUCUCGAAAACGUCAUCAGGUAUAACAAGUUAGGGCAUCCACUCUGUGACCAUCUUCGGCAAGGUCAGUGGGCCUUGGAUUACAUCAUAGGGCGCAUGGAGAAGGUGGCGCAAAAGGAAGGUUAUGUUGCUCUUAACAAACCUGCUAUGUGGCUCCAGGAAAAGUUUCAGGCAGUUCGAGACCUACCCAGCUUUCUUCUACCCAGGUACUUUGCUACCAUUGUUCAGGUUGCUUACAAUGCCGCUUGGAAACGCAGCAUUCAUUUGCUUGGAAGCAAUAUACAACAUGGCCAAGAAUUCAUCCAUCAGUUGGCUAUGGUCAGUGUGCAGCAAACUGGAUAUGUGAACUCUGCAUCUCUAUGGCCGACUAAGAAAGUUCCGAGUCUUGCGGCCGGUCUGCCUCACUUUGCAACGGAUUGGGCAAGAUGUUGGGGCCGUGAUGUCUUUAUCUCCCUCCGUGGAUUGUUCUUAUGUACCGGUCGUUUCGAUGAUGCGAAGGAGCAUAUCCUUGCAUUUGCGAGCGUACUCAAACAUGGUAUGAUUCCUAAUCUAUUGAGCAGUGGAAAACUACCCCGUUACAACUCUCGGGACUCUGUUUGGUUCCUCCUCCAAGCCAUUCAAGACUACACGGAGAUGGUUCCCAACGGAAUCCAGCUUUUGAACGAGAAAGUUCCGAGAAGAUUUUUGCCUUAUGAUGAUACUUGGUUUCCAUUUGAUGACCCCCGAGCAUACUCGAAAUCUUCGACCAUUGCGGAAAUAAUCCAGGAGGUCGUUCAACGACAUGCCAAUGGGUUGUCAUUCCAAGAGUACAACGCGGGAUCUGACCUUGACGUGCAAAUGAGGCCGGAAGGCUUUCAAAUAGAUGUCAAGGUUGACUGGGAGACUGGACUCAUAUUCGGCGGCAGCCAAUCCAAUUGUGGAACCUGGCAGGAUAAGAUGGGGGAAAGUGAGAAAGCCGGAAACAAAGGCGUUCCUGGAACACCACGAGAUGGCGCGGCUAUUGAAAUCACAGGUCUUGUAUACAGUACGCUGACAUGGGUUGCCCGACUACACGAAGCCGGGGUUUAUCAAAACCAGGGCGUUGACAUUGAAGGCGGGAAAUCUGUCACAUUCAAAGACUGGGCUACUAAGAUCAAAGACAACUUCGAACGCUGCUACUUUGUGCCUCUGAACCCUAGUGAUGACGCUCAGUACGAGGUUGACGCCAAAAUUGUCAACCGUCGAGGCAUCUAUAAGGACUUGUACAAGUCUGGGAAGCCAUACGAAGAUUAUCAACUCCGGGCCAAUUUCCCGAUCGCUAUGGCAGUCUCACCAGAUCUAUUUACCCCCUCCAAUGCGCUGGCCGCUCUCGCUACUGCGGAUACCGCUCUUCUCGGCCCUGUUGGCAUCGCUACUCUUGACCCGUCGGAUUUAAAUUACCGGCCUUAUUACAAUAACUCGGAAGAUUCAACUGACUUUUCUACCUCCAAGGGUAGAAACUACCACCAGGGUCCUGAAUGGGUGUGGCAACGAGGGUACUUCCUACGCGCAUUCCUACACUUUGAUCUUUUCCGCCGGAAAACUGCAGAGGAACGAACGGAGGCUUUCCAGCAAGUUACGCGACGACUGGAGGGAUGUAAGAAGGCUCUGAGGGAGAGUCCUUGGAAGGGACUAACAGAACUAUCUAAUAAGAAUGGGGAACACUGUGCCGACUCGUCACCAACUCAAGCAUGGUCAGCAGGAUGUCUGCUUGAUGUUUAUUACGAUGCUUCGAAGCUCUCCUAGAAUAUUAUGCUGCUCUUUAUGGAGAGAUGAACGUGGACGAUGAUAAAUAUACAUAUUUCCGAGAACCGGACCGCAUAUAUAGCAUCACUACUUAAUACAUAUCACUUCCAUUAUAGCAUCUAUCAAUGUCAAUAUAAUCCAUAGUAUGAACCGAAAAUGAACUGUAUUUCUUUACC